UAAUGAAUGAAACUUCAGAGAAGAAUAUUUGUGGCAGUUUGAGAACAAGAUGAUCAAAUUAUUAAUUUUUCUGUGUGUGUUUUCAGUUCCGACAUCUGUUUUAACAGUUUCUCACUCUUUGUGGUUGCUUGUAACUUACAUUAAGGGAGUGAUACCAUUUCCUGAAUUUAGUGCUACAUUUAUGUUGGAUGACGUCACAGUAGGACACUACAAUUCAGAGACGAUGAGAUACAUUCCAAGAGAAAAUACUACAAAUGAAGAUGAGAUGGUUCAGUACAUCAUGUAUAGAAUGAAGAAUGAUUUGCAUCCUUUUGUUGUGGGAAGAUCAAGACAUGACAACCAUACAGAAGGUCCUCAAAUUUGUCAGCUGUUGACUAUUUGUGAACUCUGGGACGAUGACAAACCUGGACAAAUGAUCUCUAAGAUUGCUUUUGGCGGCUCCACUACAGAUGAAUUGAGUGUUUUUGAUAACAAAUUUACCUAUCAAGGCACAAAAGAAAUGACAAGACUGUAUCUGGAGCUGUACAGGUGGCGUCAUGAGACUAUAAAUUAUCCUGGCUGCAUAACAACUCUUAAGAAUUACCUUAAAAAGAGAGCAACUCAAGUUAAUAGAAAAGUAAAACCCAGAGUUAGACUCAUCCAGAAAGCAAACACACAUUCCAGAGGGUAUCAAGUGAUUUGUCUGGCAACAGGAUUUUACCCUCGUCACAUCAGCCUAACCUUGUUCAGAGAUGGGCAGCCUGUAUUGGAUCAUGAAAUCACUGGAGGAGAUCUGCUGCCCAAUGGUGACGGGACAUACCAAAUGAGGAAGAGUCUGGAGAUCAGUGCAGAGGAACAGAGAGAGAAACACAAUUACACCUGUUCUGCUACACACCUCAGUCUGGACAACAAACUGGACUUUGAUCCAGGUGAACCAUUUCAAUCAGUUAUUCCCUACGUGCUGACAGUUUUGGCAUUAGUGUUGGGGUUUGGGACUGGAGUUAUCAUAUAUAAUUGCAGGAGAAGACGUAAAGCUUCCUCUAAAAGAGAAUAUUCUGCUGCUUCUACUUCUGAUGAACAUGUGGACUCAACAUCAUCACAUGAAGCACAGCAUGAAUCUACACAGAUAGAGUGAAAAAAGUUUAAUCAGCAUGGCCUCUCAUACCAUAUUGCUUAAUUUUAUUUUAUUAUAAAUGAAUUAUAAAUAUUAGUGAGAGUAAAAUUUUGUACAUUUGAAGUGUAAAUGCAUGUAAGUGCCUGCAACAGACCAGGUAAGAGGAUCAUGAGAGUUUCCUAGGACAGUUCUGAUAUAAAUGAGGUAAACAAAGAGAUGUUUAUGUUUACAAAAUAUAGCUAUUAAUUAAAGGACAUGUUUGUGUGUUUUUAUUUUAUAUUUACUGUGCUAUUUCACAAUGAACACAUUUAAAUGUGAAGUUAAACAAGAUUUAUCUUCUUAAAUGUUGAGACACAAAGAGUUUUCUUUUCUCACUUCAAAUCACCAUUAGCUAUUUAGACACUGAUUUCUUCUGUUGCUACUUUUCAGAAUCCAAACUCUAAAGAAUAUGGAAUUAUACUAAAAUAACUUUUAUUUUAUGGACUAAACUACUGGUGGAUUUG